AUGGCCCUCUCCCAGAAGCUCAAGUACGCCGUCCUCGGCGUCGGCCGCAUGGGCCAGCGCCACGCCCUCAACCUCGCCCACCGCACCCCCCGCGCAGAGCUCGUCGCCAUCGCCGACCCCAAGCCCGCCUCCCUCCACUGGGCCACCGACUCCCUCUCCACCUCUGUGGGGCUGUAUACAGACUUUGAGCAGUGUCUGGCGGAGAGCGGGGCGGAUGCGGUGUUGAUCGCGAGUGAGACCAAGUUGCAUGCGCCGAUGACUAUUGCGGCGCUGCACGCCGGCAAGCAUGUGCUGGUAGAGAAACCCAUCUCUAUCGACUUGCAGACUUCACGAGAUGUGGUGGAAGAGACCAAAAAGUUCCCCGACCUCAAGGUCAUGGUCGGCUUCAGUCGACGAUUCGACGAGUCGUACCGGGAGGCUUACAAGAUGAUCAACACUGGCAAACUCGGCAAGCCCCACCUCAUCAAGUCUGCCACCAACGACCAAUACGACCCCUCCGGCUUCUUCGCGGCAUCUACAUUGACUGCGGCAUACGACAUCGACUGCGCCCGCUGGCUCCUCUCCACCUCCUCCAUCCCCAACCCCCUCAAACAAGUCACCCGCGUCUUCGCCUCCGGCCACAACAUCCGCCACCCCGAGCUCGUCAAAGACAACGACGUCGACAAUGCUGUGGGAUUUGUAGAGUUUGAGAAUGGUGGGAUCUUGAUGUUGCAUUUGAGUAGGACGGCGAUGCAUGGGCAUGAUUGUUUUGCGGAGGUCUUUGGGACGGAUGGGAAGGUUAUUAUCAACGGGAACCCGCAGCUUAACAGAGUGGAGAUCCGAGAUGUCCACGGUGUCCGAUCCGAGUCCACUCCCACAUACUACGAGCGAUUCAAAGACGCCUUCGUCCUCGAAGUCAACGAAUUCACCGACGCCGUUUUGGACAACAAACCCCUCCCCGUCAACUCUCUCGACGCGCUCGAAGCCGCCAAAAUCGCCACAGCCCUCACGCAUUCGUUCAGAUCCGGCCAGCCCGUCUACUUUUCGGAUGAGGGCGAGCCUUUGUUGGUUUAA